CGAACAAUGACAACGCGAAUCCAGAAAUUAUUUUAUGGUUGUCUAGUUUUUUCAAUUUCCUUUGCAAUUUUUUGGUAUUUUCCUGAAAUUCGAAAAGGAUGUGAUAUUAUAGUUGAUGGAACAGUAGUGAACUUCAGUGGUGUUGAGGAUUUCAUAGUUCCAUUCAUCAAUUAUACAACACUGUUUUAUACUGCGCCAAAAUACAAGUUAAUUUCAUGUGGUCUUCGAAAAUCGAUGACCCAACUUACAAUGAAUUUAAUGUGCUUAUUAUACAACGAACAGCAAUAUUUCGAAGAUAAUAACAGUUUAAAUGACACGUGGAAGAUUAAAAGACGAUGCCUUGCCGACGAGUACAACUUUUAUUAUCCAACAAAGGCUCUGAAAAAUGAUUUGGAAACUGUUAGAUUUGCAUUCAUUCGGGAUCCGAUCCAGAGAUUCGUGUCACUUUAUUUGGACAAAUGCGUACAUGAAAAGCGGUGCUACAAAUGCGGAACUGAUAUGAGAUGCAUUGUGGAAAAUAUUUAUUUAAAAUUGAAAGCAGUACAAGAAAAUCAGGAUAAUAUUACAGUCACAUACAUGGAAGGCCACGCUGCUCCGCUAUCUUGGAACUGUGAAUUUAACACGGACCUUUCGAAAUGGCAAUUACUGAUGAUGGGAGCAGAUUCAUAUGAAAGAAAUUCCUCGAUUCUGCAUUUGACAACAAUUUUGAAGAAACGAGGAGUUAAUGAAACUUUAGUCGAAAAAAUUCAACAGGAUAUGAUUGCCGGUGAAACAGGCCACUCUACCCAUAAGUCUGCAGAAAGAAUUGAAGCAGAAAGACAAGUACGAGAAGAUCCAUUUAUUCGAGAUUUACUUCAUAAAAUUUAUUUCUUUGAUUAUGUUGUAUUUCCAUUUAAAAGAGAUCACUUGGAUCCAAAGUAUCAGUCCAAUUUUUGGACGUUACCUAAAUAAAAUUGAGUUUCAUUGCCAAAAAUGUUUCAUUAAUGUAAGUAAAAUUUAAAUUUAAAU